AGUCUACAGAGAGAGAAAAUAAUAAAUAACUGAAAACCGUGAGAAAGAAAAAUGGUGGGAGAUUUCAUGGUUUGUGUUGAUAGGAUCGUAGCAUCUACUGCUUGCUUUGAUUCUGGGAAUGGGGCUAGAGAUGGGUUAUUGAGAAGAGAGGAGGAGGAAGAAGGGAGCUCUGAAAUUAAGAGGAGAGAGAGUGAUGGAGGUUUUAAUAAUGGCGAGAGCUUGAAGAAGAUGAAGAAGAAAGAAGAGGGUUUGAUUGAGUGCAGGAUUUGUCAAGAGGAAGGAGAGGAGGCUGAGAUGGAAGCGCCUUGUGUCUGUACAGGAAUGAUGAAAUUUGCCCACAGGAAAUGCAUACAAAGAUGGUGCAAUAAGAAAGGGGACAUCACAUGUGAAAUCUGCAACCAGGUAUAUGCACCAAACUAUUUUGCGCCCCAACCCAGAUUAAGCUCUGACGUGAUAGCCAUUGAUAUCAGACAAGGUUGGGGUACAAGGAUUGAUCUACAUGACUCCCAUUUGCUAGCCAUUGCUGCUGCAGAGCAAGAAUUGCUAAAUGCAGAGUAUGAAGAAUAUGCAGCUGUGCAUAACAAUGGGAUUGCUUGUUGCCGCUCUGUUGCUCUUAUUUUGAUGCUGCUUUUGCUUGUACGCCAUGUUCUCAUGGUUAUAAGAGACGCCGGGAUGGUCCAGGAUGCAUCAGACUUCUUCAAUUUAUCCCUCCAGUUUGCUGGUUUCCUUCUUCCAUGUUACUUGAUAAUACAAUCAUGCUAUGUCCUGCAAAGCCGUAGAAGACGACAGGUCUGAGAUUUUCUUUGCCCUUUUCCUAGAAUUCAUUCAAACGAAAGGAGAGGUGAGCUCUAUCGCCGCUCAACUUGCUUACCUUUUUGAUAUUUGCGUAAAAAAUCCUUUCCUUUUCGUGCAAAAACGGAAGCCUCAAGCCAUUGGUUUUCAUCUUUUGUGAUGCGAAGAAAUGCUCUUCAGGGGGGAGGAAAAAAAAACAAACAAAAUGUAUAUAUGAGAAUCAUCAUCAAUGUUAUUUAUAUCUCAGUUAGUUAUCGUCUCAUCGGAGAUGUAUCUUUGCAGCAUGUUUCGACUAUAGGCAGCUCCAGUCUGAGCUUCUCUUGCAAUUGUAAUUUAACCUGAUUUGUGCUGCAAGUUAAUGCCUUUUCUGUUGA